AUGGAGGAGAGGAAGAGGAAGUUUGUUUGCAAGUAUUGCUUAAAGAGAUUUCCAUGUGGAAAAUCUCUUGGUGGUCACAUCAGAACCCACAUGACUGAAGAAAGAACUCAUGCUGCUGCUGCUGCUAUUGCUGCUGCUGCUGCUGAUAUCAAGAGAGAUUUUGAACCUGUUGUUGCUCUUAGUGAUGGUGGAAAUGGAAACCCUAUUUAUGGUCUUAGAGAGAAUCCCAAGAAAACAAUCAAGUUUGUGCAUUCUCAUAAUCAUGUUGCCUCUGCCGCCGCUGCAACCACUGCAUUGGAACAUGAAAUGAUCAAAUUUUGCAAAGAAUGUGGGAAAGGUUUUCCAUCAUUGAAAGCUCUUUGUGGUCACAUGGCUUCUCAUUCUGAGAAAGAGAAAAAGAUCAAGGAGGAUACUCAAUCUGAUGAUGAUGAUGAUGAUGAUGAUACUUGUGUUGUUGCUGCUUCAACAAUGAAUCUAAGGAAAAAUAAGAGAAGAAUUAGGUUCAAGUCUCUUACUCUUUCAAACCAACCUUCUUCUUCGUCUGUUAAUGGUUCUUCAUCUGUUUCAGAGAUGGAACAGGAACAAGAAGAGGUUGCUAGGUGUUUGAUGUUAUUGUCUAGAGAUUUUUUUAGUCAUAAGGGUCGUUUUGUUUCUGAAUCUUCCAAUAACAACUCGGUUCUUCUAGAGACCAAAUCCAAGAUUGUUAUCAGAAAUGGUAACAAACUUGUUUCUAGUAAUGCUCAUGGAUUUGUUGAGGAGAAGAAGAAGCUGAAGUCUGUUGGUGGGAUUGGUAUUUCAAUUAAUUCGGAUUCGACAGCUUUCAAAUAUGGUUCAAAGAAGAUCAAAAUUGUAGAUUCAAAUGUUUCAAAAUACGAAUUCAAGAGGCCAAAGAUGGAAGAAGAAGAUAAGUCUAGAUUUGAGAAUUGCAGAAAGAAAGCAAAAUAUGAAGAAUUGGAUCAUGAUAGGAAGUUUGAUUCGAGAAAGAAAGCAAAAUAUGAAGAAAUCUAUGAGAGUGAUAGAAAAAGUUUGAAAUAUGAGUUCUUUAGGAGUGAAAAAGACAAACAUUGUUCUUAUGAUUCAAUAACAGAUGAUGAGAGUGAUGAACAAAAAAGUUCAGAAAGUGAUUCUUUUUCUGCUGCAAAAUCUCAUAACAGUAAAUUGGUGAAUAAAAAGAAAUCAAGCAACAAGGGUAAAAAGAAGAAGAAGUUGAAGUCAAAGAAAAGCAAAGAAUAUGAAUGUCCAAUUUGCUACAAAAUUUUCAAGUCUGGACAAGCAUUGGGAGGACAUAAAAGAUCACAUUUUGUUGGAGGAUCUGAAGACAACACUUUUGUGAUCAAACAAAGUGUUGCUCCUUGUUUGAUUGAUCUUAAUCAACCUGCUCCUGUUGAUGAAUAAGGAAAUGGCCAAAUGGGUUAAUCUUGGUUUUUACUUUUACUUCAUUUUUUGAAAGUUCUUCUUCAAUUGAGGUACCUUAAUGAAUAUUAUCUUUAAGUUUAAGAAUUAUUACUUUUUA